AUGAGUGAUAACAGAGCUCAGCCAGUGGGAAGAUGUAGACCUCCAAUUGAUCGCCCAAACCGUGGAUAUGACACUGCCAGUUGUCUGAGAAUAGUGCUGAUUGGAAAAACAGGGAAUGGAAAGAGUGCAACAGGAAACACCAUCCUAGGAAGGAAGGAGUUUGUAUCUCAACCCAAACUGGAUUCAGUCACAGCUGUCUGUCAGAGAGGAGUGGGUGAAGUUUUUGAGAAGUCUGUAGCUGUUGUUGAUACUCCUGGUCUGUUUGACACCACACUGUCUAAUGACAAAGUCAUACAGGAAAUUAUUGAGUGUGUUUCUCUGUCAGCUCCAGGCCCCCAUGCAUUCAUCAUUGUGCUGAGUAUCGGCAGAGUUACUGAUGAAGAAUUGAAUACACUGCAGCUGAUAAAGAAUAUAUUUGGUCGCCAUGCUGCAAAGUUCAGCAUAGUUCUGUUCACAAGGGGAGAUGAUCUGGACGAUGUCCCUUUUGAGCAAUUGAUUGCUGGGAAUGGACAAAUUAAGCAAUUAAUCAAAGACUGUGGAAAUAGAGUUCUUGUCUUUAACAACAAAAAUAGGGAAGACAGAUCACAGGUCUCUAAGCUUUUGGAGACAGUUGAAAACAUGAUCAAAGCUGACAGAGAGAACUACUUUACAAACAAAAUGUUUCAGGAUGCAGAGAUUCAAAUAAAACAGAAACAGGAUGAAAUACUGAAACAGAAAGAGAAAGAGGUGGAGGCUGAAAGGAAAAAGCUGAAAGACAAAUUUGAAAUGGAGAUCAAUAAAAUGAACAAGAGAUUGGAGGAGGAGAUAAAAAAGGUGGAAGAGGAACGAGUGCUCAGAGAGCAAAAUGAAAUGAGCAUUGGAGAGCAGUAUAAGGAGAAGGAAAAGGCAGAAAAGAAGAAGCGAGAGGAAGAUCUCAUGAGAAAAGAGGAGGAAGAAAAACAAAAGGAGCAAUGGAAGAAUACAUUUGAGCAGAUGAAAGCAAUGUUUGAAACACAACUGAAAGAAAGAGAAAAAGGGGACAGAGAAAAGUUUGAGAAAGAACAAAAAGAAACAAUGGAAAAACUGAAACUUAAACAAGAAGAUGAAAGACAAAAGAGAUUUGAGGAAGAGCAGAUGAGGAAAAAACAGGAAGAGGAAGACAGAAAUGAUCGGUCCAAGUUUCACCCGACGCCCAUAUAUUUCUAA